AUGGCCGGCGGAUCCGUGGGUAGAAGCGGGGGAACAACCCUAGCGGGAAAGCAGGUGGUGAUUCGAAUUCGACCAAGAGGCGGCUCCAUAGACGCGUCGCACGGAGUGGGUUCCACCAGCAGCAGCAGCGGCGCUGGCGGCGGCGACGGCGGCGGCGGCAGCGCGGCGGACGUAGGCAGUGGCGCGGCGGCAGCGGGUUUCACGGCGACGGUGACGGCUGUGCUUCCGGCGGGCGCGGGGUCCCCCCGUUCCCCGUCCAGCGCGCGCAAACGGGAGGCGGGGGGGGCGGGCGCGCCUGGCGCGGGCGGAGGGAGGCUAGAGGGGGUAGCGAGGGAGACGUUUUUUCUUGAGUAUCUGCGCAAGGCGGGCGAGGGGAGGGCAGCUGCGCAGUAUGACGUGGCAGUGUGCUACGGAGGGGGCUUUGGCGUGAAGCAGGAUAAGUCCCUCGCCGCGUACUGGUUCCGAAAGGCGGCAGAGCAGGGAUUGGCGCGCGCACAGUACGCUCUAGCAGAGUGCUACGAGGCAGGCGCGGGCGUUGAGAGAGACGAAGAGGAGUCCUUCCGGUGGUUCUUCCGGGCGGCGAGCUUCGGCAGCGGCAAGUACUUAGUCAAGCUGGGGCUGUGCUUUGAGCGGGGAUUCGGCGUGACAGAGUGUCCUGUAGCGGCGCUGUACUGGUACCACAAGGCGGCGGAGCAGGGGCCGAAAUUCGCAGCGCAGGUGGAGAAGCGCAUGGAGGUGCUGCAGCGGCAGCGGGAGGAGGAGAUCAUGAGCGCGCGGGGGGAGGGCGUGCCGGUGGAGUGCAUCUGCCCGCUGACAGGCAGGAUGAUGGAGGACCCGGUGGAGCUGCCUGAGACGGCCGUGUGCUGUGAGCGCGCCCAGGUCAAGACGCUUCCUCCUCUCAUGUUUAAACCCUUCACCCUUGUCUUUGCACUCUUCCCACCUUCCCUCCACCCACCCACCCACUUACUCUCCCUGCGCCAGCCUCUCAAGGUGAAGGACAUGAAGACAAAUCUUGCCAUCCGGCGCCGGGUCACUGAGUGGAAGCGCAAGCGGCAGGCGGAGCAGGAGGCGCUACAGGGGCCAGUGGGGCCUCGGGCGUCCACCUGCCAGGCAGUCGAGGGCGAUGAGUGGGGGGACGGAAGGGGAAGACGAGGGGGAGCACGGCCGGGCUUAUGGGCCGCACGAGGAGGAGGAGGACGAGGAGGACGAGGAAGGGGAGGAGGGUGUGGGUGGGACGGCGGUGGACAAGACAGGAGCCGGGAGACAAGCUUCAAGUCAAGAGAGGGGGACAGCGAGGAGGGCGAGGAUGGAGAGGAGGGAGAGGUGGCCGUGGGGCGGGCGUUGGCUCGUGAUUCGUCCCGCGACCUGUCUCACAGCUACAGCCGAGGCUCCUCCUCCCGGGCGUACAGUGAGAGCGUGCCAUCUGAGCCGUCCAUGCGCCGAGAUGCGUCCCUGGACGAGCCUAGGAGAGUCAAGGUGUCCAUGCCCCGGGGUGGGUCAGUUGGUGGGUCUGUGAGAGGGGAGGGUGUUAGUGCUCUUAUUACUGGUGCUCUUAUCACUGGUGCUCUUAUCACUGGUGCUCUUAUCACUGCAUCUCAAUGUCCACACUUCUCUGCCUGUCCCUCUAUCUCUCCUCCCCCGAUCCCACCCUCUGGAGGCGAGUCCCACCAGCACCGAUCACAGCACAGUCACACCAGCAUUCUUCAUGGCACGACCGCCUGCCUGCUGCUGCAUCGCUUCCGUCCACCCUAUGCACGUGAUCCGCGCGCUGCCGUGCGCUGUGUUCAGAUUCUCACCGGCACAUCCCUCUGCGUGCCCUGCCCCUCCACCUCUCUCCCUUCUCCCCCCUCCUCUCCCACACCCCACCCGUGCAGGCGGAGCCAACCAGUGAUUGAUUGUGGGCCGCGGUGGGCGCUGGCACGCUACCGCGAGGUGCUGGAGAAGCUGCUGCCCGUCGCGGAGCAAGUGAUCGACUGCGGAGCCAGUGAUCGACUGUGGGCCGCGGUGGGCGCUGGCACGGUACCUGGAGGUGCUGGAGAAGCUGCUGCUCGUGCAGCGGGAAGCUGGACAGAACCUUCUGGGUCGUGUGCAGGGGGGCCGGGCGGCUCGGGCAGGGGAGCGGGGGAGGGCGAGGGGGAGGUGUGGGAGGCGGUGGAGGCACUGGAGGGGCUGUGUGCACGGGGGGUGCAGCAGCUGCUGGAUGACUUCAGGGCCGCGCUGCUGGCCUGCAGUCUGGCCCGCUCCCUACCGCCACUGCUAAGCCAAGGGGCACGCGCACAAGGGGGGGGGGGGUCUGCAAGGGAAGGCGGGGAGGAUGGGGGAAGGCACUCCGCCCCUUCCCCUCGCCUGCCCAUGCUGACAGGCAUGGCGCUUCUGGUGCCGCGGGUCAGUGGUGUUGCUGGUGGUGGUGCUGCGGUGUUACUGCUUGUAACAUUCACCUCGCCCUCUCCCUCCCUCCUCUCCCUCCCCCUCUCCCUCCCCCUCUCCCUCCCCCCUCUCCCUAGUCCCCGGCUCUUUCUCUCGCCUUUCUCCUCCCUCCACCAUUUCUCGCUUCCUACCCAAGCAUCUGAGGUUCCUCCCCUCUCCCAUUCCCCUGUUCACCUCCCUCCCUUCUUCCCCACGGUAUCAG